GUUGACUGCAUGCCUUCUCACUUCCCUCACUAGGCACACCUGCUAUUUCCCACUAUAUCCCUGUGCUGUGUCUCAAAACACUGACGGUAGCUAUCUGACGAAGCAAGCUUGACUCUUAACUGACUCGGGUCUCGCUAUUUUUCAAGGAUAAAUGAAGAUAGAGCAAAGAGGGAUUUAAAUCGUCUUUUUCUUACUCCACCCUCGCUGUGAAACUAUGGAAUGGAACUAAACCUCUGGUGUGAUCUCGUCUCGCAAAGGUUGCUCUGUGCCCUGUCUUGUGGAUCACAUGAUUUAAUGAGCGUGGCUGAGCUCGGCCAGCCAUGGAGCAGAUGGAUUGUAAACCUUACCAGCCGUUGUCCAAGGCCCGGCAUGAGAUGGAGCUGGCCUACACCAGCUCUUCGGAAGACAGCGACGAUGGGCGGAACCCACGCAAGUCCUACACCUCCCGAGAGACGCUGCCAGACUAUGGCCAGGACCUGAGGCUCAACUACAACAGCCACAGCAAGACGCGGAAAGCUGCUGACGAGCCCACACAAGAGCUGGAAUUCUGUGAGACACCACAGAUGGUGCGCCCCAGCUACCAGGUGGACCUGCGAUCGGGGCCCCAGCACAGCUACCCGAUGGGGAUGGGCUCGGAUGUAGACACAGAGACAGAGGGCGGCCCCUCACCCGACCACGCCCUUCGCCUGUGGAUGCGCGAGAUCAAGUCGGAGCACAGCUCCUGUCUGUCCAGCCGGGCCAACUCCAUGCUGUCCCUCACCGAUACUGAACAGGAGAGGAAGUCUGAUGGGGAGAACGAACUCCCCAGCAGUCCGCAGGGCCAGUUCACCUUCAGGCCCCUCCCCCCUCCGCCACCCCCUCCGCACGCCUGCACCUGCACCCGGCCCGCCCCGCACGCCCCCGAACCGCUUCAGAGGAACACUAUGCCGGCACGCAGCCAGGCCACAGAUGCGGGCGGCACCCCGACGGAUGGUGGACAGCUCCACAACAGCUGGGCCCUCAACAGCAACAUCCCUUUGGAGACCAGGCAUUUCCUGUUCAAGCAUGGGUCUGGCUCCUCAGCCCUCUUCAGUGCAGCCAGCCAGAACUACCCCCUGACCUCCAACACCGUUUACUCCCCUCCUCCACGACCCCUGCCCAGGAGCACGUUCUCCAGGCCGGCCUUCAGCUUCAACAAGCCCUACAAGUGCUGCAACUGGAAAUGCACCGCCCUCAGCGCCACCGCCAUCACCGUAGCUCUUGCCCUCCUGCUCACCUAUGUUAUCGCAGUGCACCUGUUCGGUCUACCGUGGCAUCUACAACGUGUUGACGGGCAGCUCUAUGAGAAUGGCCUCAGCAAACUGGACAAGGACUCGGAAACCAUGGACAUCGCCUUCUCUCCCAUCGAUUUCUCCGGUCCUAACAAGACCAACAGAAGUGACAAAGGAGAUAAAAGUGUGUUUCAAAGAGGGAGAGUGAUAGACAGAGGAGAGGUGGACAUCGGCACCCAGGUGACUCAGACUAUUCCCCCCGGCCUCUUCUGGCGUUUUCACAUCACUCUUCACCACCCUAAGUAUGUCAAGUUCAACAUUUCCCUGGCGCGGGACGCAUUGCUGGGGAUCUACGGGAGGAGAAACAUCCCCCCAACUCACACCCAGUUCGAUUUUGUCAAGCUGCUGGAUGGGAAGCAGCUGAUUAAGCAGGAGGCAAAGAUUCCAGAAGACUCCAGUUCUGUGCCCCGGAACCUGAUCCUCACCACCCUCCAGGAGACCGGCUUCAUCGAAUAUAUGGACCCAGGGACCUGGUACCUGGCCUUUUACAAUGAUGGAAAGAAAAUGGAACAAGUGUUCGUUCUCAGCACUGCCAUCGAAACCAUGGAUGGCUGCUCGACAAACUGCAACGGAAAUGGGGAAUGCGUGUCAGGCCACUGCCAUUGUUUCAGCGGCUUCCUCGGGCCUGACUGUGCAAAAGACUCCUGCCCGGUCUUGUGCAGUGGGAAUGGGGAGUAUGAGAAGGGUCACUGCAUAUGUCACCCAGGCUGGAAGGGCCCAGAAUGUGACAUUCAGGAGGACCAGUGCAUCGACCCCACCUGCUCCAACCAUGGCACCUGCAUCCAGGGCAUCUGCGUGUGCAUACCAGCUUACAAGGGCAACAACUGUGAACAAGUGGACUGCCUGGACCCCCAGUGCGCGGGCCAUGGUGUGUGUGUGAAGGGGGAGUGCCUGUGCUCACCCGGAUGGGGUGGGUCAGGUUGCGAGAACCCGCUGCCAGCCUGCCAGGAGCAGUGCUCGGGCCAUGGCGCCUACCUGCCCGACACGGGCACCUGCAACUGCGACGCCAGCUGGACAGGCUCUGACUGCUCAACAGAGGUGUGCCCUGUGCCCUGUGGCAGCCAUGGCAUAUGCUCGGAGGGACGGUGCCAGUGUGAGGACGGCUGGGACGGGCCAGCAUGCGACCACCGAGCCUGCCACCCCCGCUGUGAGGAGCACGGCCAGUGCAAAGAUGGGACAUGCGAGUGUCACCCGGGCUGGGAGGGAGAGCACUGCACCAUUGCUCACUACUUGGAUCUUGUUGUUAAAGAUGGCUGCCCAGGCCUGUGCAAUGGGAAUGGGAGGUGCACCCUGGAGCAGAAUGGGUGGCGCUGUGUGUGCCAGGUGGGCUGGAGUGGCAUGGGCUGCAAUGUCGUCAUGGAGACCGAGUGUGACGACAACACCGACAACGACGGAGACGGGCUCACAGACUGCGUGGAUCCAGACUGCUGCCAGCAGACCAGCUGCAGCAGCGGACCCCUGUGCCAGGGCUCGCCUGACCCGCUGGACCUUGUCCAACAGAACCAGACGCCCUUCUCCCCGCUACCUCCGCGCCUCUUCUUUGACCGCGUUCGCUUCCUGGUGGGCAAGGCCAGCACCCACAUCUUUCCUGGGGAUAUUCCAUUUGACAGCAGCCGAGUGGCCGUGAUCCGGGGCCAGGUCAUGGCGGUGGACCGGACCCCGCUGGUGGGUGUUAACAUCAGUUUCCUGCAGCACCCCGAGUACGGCUUCACCAUCAGCCGCCAAGAUGGCAGUUUUGACCUGGUAGCAUCCGGGGGCAUCUCUGUCACCCUGGUAUUCCAGCGCGCCCCCUUCCUCACUGAGAGGCGGACCGUCUGGUUGCCAUGGAACCAGUUUGUGGUGCUGGACAAGGUCACGAUGGACAGGGUAGAGUCACCACCCCCUGUUUGUGACAUCAAGACCUUUGUCAUCCCGUACCCUAUCGUCCUGCCCUCCCCCCUCACCAGGUUUGCUGGUGCCUGCAUGGAGCGAGGACCAGCCAUCCCAGAGCUGCAGGCUAUCCAGGAAGAGAUUACAAUUCCGGGCAGCUUUGUGAAGCUGAGCUACCUCAGCACUCGCGCCCCGGGUUACAAGUCCCUGCUACGGAUCAUCCUGACCCACUCCACCAUCCCUGCCGGCCUGGCCAAGGUGCAUGUGUCGGCUUCCGUCGAGGGACGGCUCUUCCAAAAGUGGUUUCCCGCCGCCCCUGGUCUGGUCUACGUCCUGGCCUGGAACAAGACGGACAUCUACGGCCAGAAAGUGACAGGCCUCACUGAAGCCAUCGUGUCUGUGGGCUAUGAGUACGAGUCAUGCCCGGACUUCAUUGUGUGGGAGAAGAGGACGGCCCUGCUGCAGGGAUUUGAGAUGGUCGCCUCCAACCUGGGCGGUUGGUCCUUGGACAAACACCACAUCCUCAACCUGCAGAGCGGUAUUCUGCACAAAGGAAACGGGGAGAACAUCUUCAUAUCCCAGCAGCCUCCGGUUAUCACCACCAUCAUGGGGAAUGGCUACAUCCGCACCAUCCCCUGCCCGAACUGCAACGGCCCCGCCCUUGGCAGCAAGCUCUUUGCACCUGUCGCUGUCGCCUGUGGCUCCGACGGCAGUGUCUACGUCGGCGACUUCAACUUCGUGAGGCGGAUCCUUCCAAAUGGCUACGUCAUCAGCAUCCUGGAGCUGAGGAACCGUGAUAUACGGCACAGCACCAGCCCGGCCCACAAGUACUACCUGGCCAUGGAUCCGGUGAGGGAGACCCUGUUCCUGUCAGACACCAGCAGCAGGAGGGUCUACAGACUGAGGACACUCACCGAGCCCAAGGAGCUGGCCAAGAACAUCGAGGUGGUGGCAGGGACCGGGGAGCAGUGCACGCCCUUCGACCAGAGCCACUGCGGGGAUGGAGGAAAGGCCUCAGAGGCCUCGCUGAACAACCCCCGAGGCAUAGCCGUGGACAAGCGAGGCUUUGUCUAUUUUGUGGACGGGACCAUGAUACGGAAAAUCAAUGAAAAAGGGGUGAUAGCGACUGUGAUCGGUUCCAAUGGCCUGACGUCCACUCAGCCACUUAGCUGUGACGCGCGCAUGGACAUCGCUCAGGUGCGCUUGGAAUGGCCCACGGAUUUAGCCAUCAACCCCAUGGACAACUCCCUCUACAUCCUCGACAACAACAUCGUUAUCCAGGUGUCAGAGAGCCACCAAGUGAGGAUCGUCGCAGGACGUCCCAUCCACUGCCAGGUCCCAGGGAUCGACCACUACCUGGUGAGCAAGUCCGCCAUCCACUCCACCCUGGAGGCGGCCAAGGCCAUCGCCGUGUCACACCAGGGUGUCCUCUACAUCGCUGAGACGGACGAGCGGAAGAUCAACCGCAUCCAGCAGGUCACCACCAAUGGGGAGAUCUCUGUCAUCGCCGGGGCCCCCUCUGAGUGCGACUGCAAGAUCGACCCCAACUGCGACUGCUUCUCAGGGGAUGGUGGAUAUGCCAGGGAUGCCAAGCUGAAAGCCCCCUCAUCCUUGGCGGUUUCUCCCGACGGCACGCUCUACAUCGCUGACCUGGGAAACAUCCGAAUCCGCGCCCUGAGCAAGAACCGGCCGCACCUGAACCCCAGCAACAUGUACGAGAUGGCCUCUGCUGUGGACCAGGAGCUAUACCUCUUCAGCGUCAAUGGCACCCACCUUCACACACGGAGCCUCAUCACGGGCGACUACAUAUACAACUUCACUUACUCUGCGGAGAGGGACGUGAGCACAGCUGUCGGCAGCAACAGCAAUGCCGUCCACAUCCGCCGCGACGCCAACGGCGUGCCGCUGUGGCUGGUGGUGCCGGGCGGGCAGGUCUACUGGCUCACCAUAAGCAACAGCGGCGCACUCAAGAGAGUCUCGGCCCUGGCCCACGACCUCGCACAGAUCACCUACCACGGGAACUCUGGUCUCCUGGCAACCAAGAGCAAUGAGAACGGCUGGACCACCGUUUAUGAAUACAAUACUGAGGGUCAUGUCAUCAACGUAACCUUCCCAACGGGAGAAGUGACCAGUUUCCACGGCAACAUGGAGAAGUCUGUAAGGGUGGAGGUGGGCACUUCAGACCGGGAGAACUUUAUCACAGCCACCAACUUCUCAGCCAGCAGUACAAUCUACACACUGCGUCAAGACCAUGCUCAGAAUACAUACCGGGUUAGCACUGACGGGUCCCUGCGCGUGACUUUUGCCAGUGGCAUGGAGGUGACGUUAAACAUGGAGUCGCACAUCUCGGCAGGCGUGGUCAACCCCACGGUGGGCAGGUGCAAUAUCACGCUGCCCGGCGAGCACAGCCCCAGCCUGAUCGAGUGGAGACAGAGGAGGGAGCAGGCCAAAGGCAACUACACAGCCUACGAGCGUCGGCUGAGGGCCCAUAACAGAAAUCUGCUAUCAAUAGACUUUGACAAGGCCACAAGAGUGGGAAAGAUCUACGAUGACCAUCGCAAAUUUACGCUCAGGAUCCUCUAUGACCCAAUGGGCCGUCCCAUUGUAUGGUCACCUAGCAGCAAAUACAAUGAGGUGAAUGUCACUUACUCACCGACGGGCCUCGUGACCAGCAUCCAGCGGGGGAACUGGUCUGAGAGACUGCAGUACGAGAACGGCAGAGUCAUUUCAAGAACCUGGGCCAAUGGGAAGAUAUGGAGCUACACCUUCCUGGAAAAGUCAGUCCAUCUCCUCCUGCACAGCCAGCGCCGGUACAUAUUCGAGUAUGACCAGACGGACCACCUCCUGUCCGUCACCAUGCCCAGCAUGGUGCGCCACGGCCUCCAGUCCAUGCUGUCGGUGGGCUACUACAGGAACAUCUACAGCCCCCCCGACAGCAGCGCAGCCGUCAUCCAGGACUACACCCGCGACGGCCGCCUGCUUCAGACCCUCCACCUGGGCACCGGCCGCCGCGCUCUCUACAAGUACACCAAGCAGUCCCGCCUGUCCGAGAUCCUGUACGACACCACCCUGGUCACCUUCACCUAUGACGAGGCCUCUGGCGUGGUCAAGACCAUCCACCUAAUGCACGAGGGCUUCAUCUGCACCAUCAGAUAUAGGCAAACAGGUCCUCUUGUUGGCCGUCAAAUCUUCAGAUUCAGUGAGGAAGGGCUCGUAAAUGCACGGUUUGACUACAGCUACAACAACUUCAGGGUGACCAGCAUGCAAGCCAUGAUAAACGAAACCCCACUCCCCAUUGACCUCUACCGCUACGUGGACGUCUCCGGGCGCGUAGAGCAGUUCGGAAAAUUCAGCGUCAUAAACUACGACCUCAACCAGGUCAUCACAACCCACGUCAUGAAGCACACCAAGAUCUUCAACGCCAACGGACAAGUGAUCGAGGUCCAGUACGAGAUCCUGAAGUCGAUCGCUUAUUGGAUGACGGUGCAGUAUGAUAGCAUGGGCCGCAUCACAAUCUGUGACAUCAGAAUCGGCGUGGAUAACAACAUCACUCGGUACUCGUAUGAGUACGACGCCGACAGCCAGCUGCAAAGCGUGUCGGUGAACGACCGGCCCCAGUGGCGCUACAGCUACGACCUGAACGGAAACAUCAACCUACUGAGCCAUGGCAACAGUGCCCGUCUGACCCCGCUCCGUUACGAUUUGCGGGAUCGCAUCACCAGACUGGGGGAAAUACAAUACAAAAUGGAUGACGACGGCUUCCUUCGCCUUCGGGGCAAUGUUGUUUUCGAGUACAAUUCCAACGGCCUCCUGACAAAAGCUUACAACAAAGUGUCGGAACGGAGCGCGCACUACCGCUACGAUGGUUUGGGUAGGCGGGUGGCCAGCCGGACAGAUGCCGGUCAGCACCUCCAGUUCUUUUAUGCAGACCUCAGCAAGCCGACCAGAGUAACACACAUGUAUAACCACUCCAGCUCUGAAAUCACCUCCCUCUAUUAUGAUCUGCAGGGCCACCUCAUAGCCAUGGAGCUCAGCAGCGGUGAGGAGUACUACGUCGCUUGUGAUAAUUCCGGCACCCCGCUUGCCAUUUUCAGCAGCCGUGGGCAAAUUGUGAAAGAAAUGCUGUACACCCCUUAUGGAGACAUUUACCAGGACUCCAAUCCCUCCUUCCAGCUGAUCAUUGGUUUCCACGGUGGUCUCUAUGACCCUUUGACAAAGCUAGUUCAUUUGGGGCGGCGGGACUAUGACGUGGUGGCUGGCCGUUGGACCACCCCAAAUUAUGACUUGUGGGCAGAGCUCAGCACCAGCCCAAAGCCAUUCAACCUGUAUUCCUUUAAAAACAAUUAUCCACUUGGAGAUCUACAGGAUGUCUCUCAGUUCACUACAGACAUUGGGAGCUGGUUGCAGCUGUUUGGCUUUCAGCUCCACAACGUCGUACCUGGUUUUCCCAAGCCAGACAUACAGAGCAUGGAGCAAACCUACGAACUGAUGAAGACCCAAACCAAGACACAGGACUGGGAUCCCAGCAAGGUGGCCCUGGGGAUUCAGUGCGAGCUGCAGAAACAUUUGAGGAACUUCAUCUCUCUGGACCGCCUGCCCAUGACCCAGGUCAGCAGCACACUGGGAGGCUGCCAGGACCAGAGACCCCGCUUCUCUGCCAUGUCGUCUGUCUUUGGCAAGGGGGUCAAGUUCGCCCUCAUGGACGACGUCGUCACUGCCGAGAUCAUCGGCGUGGCCAGCGAGGACAGCCGGCGCAUCGCCGCCGUCCUGAACCAUGCCGUGCACCUGGCUGGCCUGCACUUCACCGUGGACGGCCGGGACACCCACUACUUCGUUAAGUCGGGCCCCCUGGAGGAGGACCUGACGGCGAUGGGCAGCGUGGGCGGCGGGCGCGUCCUGGAGAACGGUGUCAACGUGACCGUGUCCCAGAUGACCUCGGUGGUGGGCGGGAGGACUAGGCGCUUUGCCGACAUCCAGCUGCAGCACGGGGCUCUGUGCUUCAAUGUCCGCUACGGUGCCACGGCCGACGAGGAGCGGGAGCACGUGCUGGAGAUGGCCCGGCAGAGGGCGGUGGAGCUGGCCUGGGCGCGGGAGCAGAAGAGGCUGCAGGAGGGUGAGGAGGGCGUCAGGGCAUGGACAGAGGGCGAGAAACAGCAGCUGCUGGCCACGGGCCGGGUGCCGGGCUACGACGGCUACUUCGUCCUGUCCGUCGAACAGUACCUGGAACUCUCUGAUAGUGCCAACAACAUUCACUUCAUGAGACAGAGCGAGAUAGGAAGGAGGUAACAGUGGCGACAUGCCUCACCGCCUCUCCUUCACCAAAGACUGCCUGUUUUUACA